GCUGCCGCCGCCAAACCUUUGACCAAACCCAACAGCGACCCAUCCACUCCACGUCUCCACCCCGCAUCGCGCACGCGGCCCUUUCACCCCACCCUCGAUGCGCGCCGCCGAGCACUCGCUGCCGCCGCCGCCCGAUCCGAGGUAGCCAUGUACCCGGUGCGCCUGGACGCGACGGUAAGCACCGUCAACUGCACGGAGAACCCGCUCGACUGCUUCCCGCUCUGCCCCGGCGGCGCUGGCUGCUCCGAGUACGCCUUUCCCCCGCCGCCCCCGGCCCCGGUGAUCCCGCGCGCGCCGGAUGCCGGCGGCCACGCGCCCGUGCGCCUCCUCCUCCUCGUCUCCCUGCUCUCCGCCUUCCUCUUCCUUUCGCUCGUGCUCUCCACGCUCCUCCUCUACCGCCGCCGCCUCAUCAUGCGCCGCCGCCAGCUCGCGGCUGCCGCCGCGGAGCCCGGCGGCGACGGGUUUGGCGAUGGCGACGAUGAGGAGGGAGGCGGCGGGGGAGGGGUGGUGCACCACGUGUGGUACAUCCGCACGGUGGGGCUCGACGAGGCCACCAUCGCGUCCAUAGCCACCGUGGAGUACCGCCGUGGGGUGGGGCGGGCCGGGGACUGCGCGGUGUGCCUCGGCGAAUUCGGUGACGGGGAGCUGGUCCGCCUCCUCCCGCGCUGCGCGCACCCGUUCCACGCGCCCUGCAUCGACACCUGGCUCCGCGCCCACGUCAACUGCCCGCUCUGCCGCUCCCCCAUUGUCGUUGUUCCCUCCGAUCUCCCCGCCGCGGUUGCCGAGGCUGAGGCGGAUGGCGCCCAACCGGAAGAGCGCCAAGUGCUUGACGAAAUGUUGCAGUCGGAAUUGGAAUCGCAGGUCGAGGGUUCUGAGGUCUCGGAGGUCUCUUCAGUGACUCAAAGUGAGGACACAACAGCUGCAGCGGAUGUGAAUGGAAGGGCGACGCCCAUACCAAUUCGGCGUUCAGCGUCCAUGGACUCGCCGAUGUUUCUCGUAACUGUGCCUGAAGCUAAGGAUGAUGACUUGCAGUCUAACUUCAAGUUGCCGAAUGCCCGAGAGAUGAGGUUAUUCAAGGUGAAGGAGAAGGAGGCAGCAGGGACUUCGUCCUCUUGUCAGGCAGGCCGGUUUGGGAUUGGCAGGUCCAUGUCAAGCAGUGGUCCGGGGUUCUUCUUCUCACGGAAUAGCCGCUCCAGUGGCACCGUGCUGCCACUGUGAGUCGGCAUGAUUUUACUGUCAAGGGGGUGCAGCCUCAGCAAAGCCGGGAGCUGGUAGUGUGUCAGUGUCUGUUUAUAGAAAGCGUAUACUAGAGAGCCGAAGUAACUCUAAACGAAAAUCUCCUUUGAGAUGUGUGAGUCGAUGAGAGUAAUUGUGGAGCGAUAAGGAUUUCUUGAGUUGAUGAACUCGUGUUAACUUGUACUUCCCAAGUUUCCUGUAUCAUAGUUUCCAGCUUGGGUUGAGCGAAGAAGCUGAUGUUUGGCUUCUCCGUAUAUUAUGUAUCAAUCAUGCAAGGAGGAAUGGACUAUCGCCUA